CUAGGAAAAGAGGUUCUAGGUUCUGGGGUGAGGAAAUCCAAGACUGUACAAUCUUCAUUUUCCUUUUCUGUCAAUGGUAAGUUUGGUAACAACAUUGCUCAUUCUCUCUUUCUCCCCUCUCCCCCUAUGGCAUGGAUUCUUCUUCCUUCUGGUGGCAUCCUAACCCUGAGGGGACUGCAACUUCUUGGUCUGACUGGUUUAGGAUCUAGUACUGGGUUUGAGCAUUUGCAUUAUAUGUUUGAGAGGGUCUGGGAUCCAGUGAUAGUUCUAGGAGCCCAAAAGCAAAUUAGCUACUACUUCUUGAAUCUUAUUUUUGAGUUGUGUUGUGAAGCUCGGAUGAUGUGUAGUGUCUUAGUCUGUACACACUUUUAUGCUACUUGCAUUGCUUGCUGUUAUGCUGCUUUGCAGCAGCAGCACUGUUAUGCUGAUGUACUUUGUUUGUUGUGCCUUCUAGGUUGUAUGAAGUUGAUAUCUGAUGGAUUGAGCUGGAAUGCUGAAGGACUAUUUGCAACUGGUUCAGAUUUUAGACUAUUUCUGCAAUCCUACAUUGGGACUGUUCUGGAAGCUGGGCUGUUCUACAUUGGUUUAUUUCUGA